UAGUUUACAUAUUCAUUCUAUGUAAUUCUCAGAUUAUGGACAAAAUCCACAUUAAUGUUGUUGAUUGUGAAACAUCUAAAAAAAAAGUUGUAUGGGAUAAUAAUACCUUCAAGGUGUUUGGUGAUGCUUGUGUGAUUGAAGUAAAAAAAGGGAAUAGGCCUACUAGUCAUUUCAAUAAGGUUGGGUGGGAGAAUUUAAAAAAAUACAUGAAGGAAAAAACAGGAAAAAACUAUGAAAGAAAACAACUUAAAAACAAAUGGGACAUUAUGAAAAAAGAAUGGAAGCUUUAUGACCGUUUAAUAAGGAUUGAAACUGGAAUUGGUGGGACAAGAAGUUUAAUAUACGCCUCGCCUGAGUGGUGGGAGGAGAAAAUAAAGGAGAAUAAAGAAUAUGCCAAAUUUAGGGACACAGAUUUGAGCACAUUUGACAUAAAAUCCGCUAUUUUGUUUCAAGAUUCUGUUGCUGUUGGAGAUAAGACUAUGACUCCAUUAAAAUUUCAAAACAACGAAGAAAAUAUGGAGGGCGAAGGAGAUAGUGAUGAAAUCAAUUUAGAUGACGAUGAGACUCUUUUUCCUAGUUUCCUUGAAAGUAGUUCAAGUAAAAGGAAGAAGUCUAAGAAUGCUUCCAACAGUCGUUCAACCAAGAUGGAUAGUGAUGAUUCUAAUUCGUCUGACGAUAAUGAGGAAUGUUGGGUGGAAGAGGAUAGAGAAUUUGAAAGUUUAUGUGGGUUAGCUCUGAAAGGGAUAAUACUAGCUUUUAAGAUACGUAGGCCAUGUCACACUUCAGCCCGCACCGGUGUCAUAUUUAUUAAUGAAGUAUUAAAUGGUCAUCCUAGACGGUGUUACGAGAUGUUUAGACUGCAUGUACCGGUUUUUAGACAAAUAUGCAUAGAUAUUGCUACAAAUUACGGACUUAAACAAACACGAAAUAUAUCUCUUGAGGAGUCGGUAGGAAUAUUCUUUAUGACUUUGUCCCAUGGAUGUAGCAAUAGAUUUGUGCAAGAAUUUUUUAAUCAUUAUGGGGAAACGAUUCAUAGGCAUUUCCAUAUAGUUUUGGCAGAUGUGCUUAAGAUGAGUGCCGACAUCAUCAGGCCAGCCGCCAACUAUAAUGAUGAAGUUCCCGAAUAUAUAUUAAACAAUCCUCGAUAUUAUCCAAUGUUCAAGGAUUGCAUUGGCGCUAUAGAUGGGACACACGUUAGGGCAUCUGUUCGACAACAUGAGGAAGCAAAAUACAUUGGUCGAAAGGGAUAUGCUACACAAAAUAUAAUGAGACCAGAUCUUCAUUUUCCAUUUCCAACAGGUGAUAAAUAUUAUGUUGUUGAUGUCGGAUACCCAAAUACCAGAGGGUAUCUUGCUCCAUAUAAAGGAGCUAAUAUUCGUUAUCAUUUACUGGAUUUUCGACGUGGACAUAUUGCUGCUAUACGUGAACCUCGUGCACCGAAAGAGAAAUUUAACUUUUACCAUUCAUCAUUGCGAAAUAUCAUUGAACGGACUUUUGGAGUAUGGAAAGCUAGGUGGGCGUUAUUAAGAGACAUGCAUGUUAAUUACAAGUACGAGCACCAAGUGAGUAUUGUGAUUGCAUCGAUGGCAAUCCGUAAAUAUAUUACAAAGACCGGUAGGUUUGAUGAAGCAUUUAAUAGGGCACAACAAGAAUCCUACAUUCCUGCACACAAUCGUACUAGUAGUGAAGGUGACGAAGAAGGUCCAAGUACACAUCGCACGAGUAAUGAUAGCUCAUAUAUGGCAGCGAUAUGA